UGAGGCAUCGUCACCCGGAGGUGGAUGACCCCAUGAGCGCGGAGGUCGACGAGGAGUCGUUGGUCCUGUCGUCCGGAGGGUUGCCGCAUGGCCGUCUCGCCAUGCUGAACAAGGCCGUCAAGCAUACCCUCACCACGACCUUCACGCGUCUCAAGGCGGGACUCACCAAGGACAGCCCCCCUCUCCCGCCUCGUCGCCGGUCUCGGCAACAACCCGCAUACGACCCUGACUUCGAGGCGGCCUACGUGGUCGCUCAUCAAGAAUAUCAGGUGGCCUUCAACCAGCACCAGCAGCACUUCAUGGAGUACAUGGCAUAUAUACAUGCGUCGAUGGUGGCCAAUCAAACUGGACAGACAGCGGAUUUAGGGCCGAUGCCUCCCUUUCCGGGGCCGGCGCCAAACAUGCCAUCGAAGGAAAAUUUCGCUGCGGAGUACUAUGGGAGAACAACGGGAACGGGAUGUUCCGGAAACCAGGGUGGUGGGAGGGAGAUCACACCGGUUCAUCAUGGUGGUCCUUCUCCCGGUGCUACACCCGGUACUUCUCCCGGUCCUUCUCCCGGUGGUUCUUCCGCAGCUUCUACCGGAAGGAAUCGGCCCGGGCCGGUGUCUAGCGGCGACGAGCUCCUCUAGUUGUCGCAUUGUAUCUCUUAUCGACACUAUGGCACCAUGUAUGCACACUAGGGCACCACCAUGUAUGCACAUUAUGGCACUAUGUAUCCACUAUGACACUAUGUAUGCACUUCAUGUUAUGUGUAUUUGCACUUCAUGCGAAGUUCCUGUGAAUUUUAUGUGCUUUUAUUAUCUGCCAAAUCUGGAAAACAGCAAAAAAACCAAAAAAAAUGA